GGCUUAGGGGCCUAGCGGGGGCAGGGGGGGAACAGGGCUUUGGGGGCUUUUUUGUUUUUUUUUUAAUUCUGUUUUUUCUAUCCUUAGUGCCGGACCUGCCCCUCCAUUGCUCAGCUCAGGAAAAUGACACAGCACCUGUUCCUCAGCUCGGAGACAGCCAUGGCUGCAGAGAGCUCCCUGGAAACUCUCUGGGAGGAAGCUCCACGUCCUGUCUCUCUGGAGGAUUUCACAGCCCCUGUCACUCUGGAGUGUGGGCACAAUUUCUGCCAAGCCCCCCAUAGCCCUCAGUGCAGAGACACUGAGCAGCAGGGACCCCUCCAGCCUGUGGCACUAACCAAGCCUCUGAGUUUCCAGGCAGCAAAGAGAUCAAGAUGGGACAGGGUGCAUGGGGAGCAUCAGGAAGCUCUGAAGCUGUUCUGUGCAGAGGCUGAAACUCCCAUCUCUGUGGGGUUUGACAGACCCUGGGGUCACAGGAUGGUGCCCAUACAGGAAGCUGCCCAGGAGUACAAGGAAAAAUUGAAGGCCCAUUUGAAGACUCUGAGGGAAGAGAGAGAAAAGCUGCUGGGAAGGAAAACGACAGCAGAGGGGAAAAACCAGGAGUAUCUGAAAUGGACCCAAGCCGAGAGGCAGAUGAUUGUGGCUGAGUUUCAGCAGCUGCAACAGUUCCUGAAGGAACAAGAGCAACUCCUGCUGGCCCAGCUGCAGAAGCUGGAUGAGGAGGCUAGGAGGCUCCAGACUGACACUGUUAGGAGACUCUCUGCACAGAUUUCCCAUCUCAGUGAGUGGAUCGGUGAGCUGGAGGUGAUGUGUCAGAAGCCAGCGAGUGAAUUCCUGCAGGGCGUCAGAAACACCUUGACCAGGUGUGAGACGGGGCAAUUCCAGCUGCCAGAGGAGAUUACCCCUGAACUAGAAGAACAAAUCAGUGGUUUCUCCCAGAAAACAAUUGCGCUGUCGGAGACCCUGAGGGAGUUCAAAGACACUCUGCCCUCUGCACUGGAGAGAUCAAGAGGAAAAUGCCUGGGAGCUUUCAGACAGGGCUGCAGAACACCCAUGUCUGUCCCCAGCUCAGCCCCUGGCCUGCAGAGCCAGGGACAGGAAAUGGCUGUGGCGGAGCCGGUGAGCUUCGAGGAGGUGGCUGUGUAUUUCUCUGAGAAGGAAUGGGCCCUGCUGGACCCAGGCCAGAGAGCCCUCUACUGGGAUGUGAUGCAGGAGAAUUAUGAGUCUGUGAGCUGGCUGGUUCUAGGACAACGAGUGCGUCACCUCCUAUCAGCAGGGACAGAGGAAGCACUUGAAUUUGGCCAAGCAGGAUUUCCAGUGUCCAAAGCUCAUGCGAUCUCCUGGGUGGAGCAAGAGGAAGAGAUGUGGAUCCCAGAUCUCCAGGGCUGUGAGGAAGGGGAGAUCAUCAGUGACACCCACACAGCAGGUGAUGGGGCGCUGACUAAGAACCAUGAGAAGAGUCUUCAGCUGGAAGGACUGGAACAAAUGGCUCCAUGUGGGAUGUUUCUGGGAGGAUCUGAAGGGCAUGUUUCCCAGAUAUGUGAGCAGGGAGAGACCUGUAAGAGCCAACGUAGCCCAGAUAGGCACCAGGGAAACCAUUCAGAGAAGGAACAGGGUGAAUCCAGUCACAGGAGCGGAGGAGUGAAAGGAAACAUAGAAACCAUUCAACAGAAAAUCCCCCUUGACCAAGCACACUCCUCGUACAAUGACUGUGCUACUCUUAUUGAACAUCAGAGAAUCCACACAAUGGGACAAACCUUUUAUUGCUCUGACUGUGGGAAAAGCUUCCGUGGACGCACGCAUCUUCUUAAUCAUAUGACAAUUCACACAGGAGAGAAACCUUUCAGCUGCUCUGAUUGUGGGAAGAGCUACUGUAGGCGCUCAUAUCUCGUUAUACAUAAAAGAAUCCACACAGGGGAGAAAUCCUUCAUCUGCUCUGACUGUGGGAAAAGCUUCCGUGGACGCACGCAUCUUCUUAAUCAUAUGACAAUUCACACAGGAGAGAAACCUUUCAGCUGCUCUGAUUGUGGGAAGAGCUACUGUAGGCGCUCAUAUCUCGUUAUACAUAAAAGAAUCCACACAGGGGAGAAAUCCUUCAUCUGCUCUGACUGUGGGAAAAGCUUCCGUGGACGCACGCAUCUUCUUAAUCAUAUGACAAUUCACACAGGAGAGAAACCUUUCAGCUGCUCUGAUUGUGGGAAGAGCUACUGUAGGCGCUCAUAUCUCGUUAUACAUAAAAGAAUCCACACAGGGGAGAAAUCCUUCAUCUGCUCUGACUGUGGGAAAAGCUUCCGUGGACGCACGCAUCUUCUUAAUCAUAUGACAAUUCACACAGGAGAGAAACCUUUCAGCUGCUCUGAUUGUGGGAAGAGCUACUGUAGGCGCUCAUAUCUCGUUAUACAUAAAAGAAUCCACACAGGGGAGAAAUCCUUCAUCUGCUCUGACUGUGGGAAAAGCUUCCGUGGACGCACGCAUCUUCUUAAUCAUAUGACAAUUCACACAGGAGAGAAACCUUUCAGCUGCUCUGAUUGUGGGAAGAGCUACUGUAGGCGCUCAUAUCUCGUUAUACAUAAAAGAAUCCACACAGGGGAGAAACCCUGAUUGUUCUGUGCGGGGGAAAGUUUCAGAGAGAGAGAUGAGGCCUUGUUAAAGAUUGGAGAAUUAACACGGGAAAAACUCUUUUCCUGUUGGAAAAUCUUGAUUUGGCACUCACAUUUUAACAGUCAUGAUACAAUCCACACAGGAGCAGCAUAGAACACUAGAACUGGAAGGGACCUUGAGACAUCAUCACCUUUUCCCCUGCCUUCAGAGGAGGCCCAAGCACCAUCUAUCAUCCCUGAUAGAUACCUCCAAUGAUGGAGAUUGCAGAACCGCUGCAGACAAUUUAUUCCAGUAUUUAAUCACCCUGAUACUUAGGAAGCUUUUUCUAAUGUCCAUCCUAAACCUCCCUUGCAGCAAUUUAAGCCCAUUGCUGCUUCUAUCAUCAGAGGUUGAAGGAGAACAAUUUUUUCCCUCCUCUUUAUAACAUCUAAGUACGUAAAAGACUGUCACCAAGGACUGGACUAACAGGAUAGUUUAUUACGUGAUGAGCUUUCGUGGGCCAGACCCACUUCCUCAGAUCAAAUUGUGGAAGAAAAUUGGCAUGACCAUAUAUACCAAAGGGAUACAAUUUUUUUAAAAAAGUGAACAUAUAAAAUUGACAAAUCAGAUUUUAGAACAGGGAGGGUGGGGGGUUGGAGGUUAGUGUUUGAGAUAAUUAUAUUAGGGGUGACAAUUGGGGAAGCUGGUAAUGGGUAAGAUAAUUAGCAUCUUUGUUAAGGCCCAUUUGUAAAGUGUCAAAUUUAAGCACGAAUGACAGUUCUGAGCCUCAGACCACAACCCCAAGAGUCCCUAUGGCCACAAUAGGGCUUGAACCUAUGACUUUGGCAGUAUUAGCUUUCAUGGCUCCUUCCCCACUCUGGCAUGAUAAAUGCAGAAGUGGGGGCCAGCAAGUGUACUCCAAAGCCUUAUCUACCAGGCUUUGGUAUAAAACUUCCCCCAA